AGGGAAAAAAUGUAAUUAUGUAAGAAGAAAUCGAUCGAGUUGGAGAGUCGCCCGUCGCAGAGCUACACCGAAUGGUACCAAUCAAAUUUGGCUAACUUCAAACAUCGAAGUUGUUAAUGGAUGCCAUGUAUGCUAGUAUAGACAGCUAGAACUUGGGAAAUUCAUUCCGGGAGAGAGAGAGAGAUGGGUAGUAGCAGAAGUUGGACGGACAACAAAUGGACGGCUACGGCGGCGAGCAUAUGGAUCCAAUGCACCAGCGGCUCGCUCUACACCUUCAGCAUCUACUCCGCCGCCCUCAAAUCGACCCAGCUCUACGACCAGUCCACCCUCGACACCGUCUCCGUCUUCAAGGACAUCGGCGGCGGCGCCGGCGUCCUCUCCGGCCUCCUCUACACCGCCGCCACCUCCCCCCCUUCUUCUUCUUCAUCGUCUUCUCGCACCGCCGUCUGCAGCCGCGGGGGGCCGCGGAUUGUCCUCGCCGCGGGGGCUAUCCAGUGCUUCGCGGGCUACUUCCUCAUGUGGCUGUCGGUGGCCGGGUUGGUUCCGAGGCCGCCCGUGGCGCUCAUGUGCUUCUACAUGUUGAUGGCGGCUCACGCCACGAGUUUUUUCAACACUGCGAACGUGGUGACGGGUGUUAAUAACUUCCCCAAUUAUCGUGGGACCAUAGUUGGCAUCAUGAAGGGUUUUCUUGGUUUAAGUGGAGCAAUAUUAAUCCAAGUGUAUCAGACACUAUUGGAGGAUAAGCCUAGCGCAUAUGUUCUAAUGUUGGCACUUUUCCCCGCUUGCAACACUCUGUUGCUCAUGUGGUUCGUAAGAAUCUAUAGGGAAACCGAAGGAGAUGAAGACAAGCACCUGGAUCGUUUCUCGUUGGUUUCUUUGGUUAUCGCUGCUUAUCUCAUGGUCAUCAUUAUUUUAGACAAUGCCCUCUCGUUGCCAUCACCAGCACGCAUCUGCAGACUUGUCAUACUUGUUAUGUUGCUAACAUCCCCCUUUUAUGUUGCAAUGAAAGCCCAUCUGAGUGAUUCAAGAAGGAUUUCAGGUACUUCUUUUAGCGGACACCAAAUUGAUGAUUCCAACCUUUUGGCUCCAGAGAUACACAGUGACAGUAGACAUGCCCAUAGUGGGUAUCAUCAGGUUCCCAGUGGUACCGUUAGAGAGGUAGAUAAGAAUACGAAAGACAAGACAACUUCGCAAUGGGGAGAAAAUCUGAAUCUUGUGCAAGCGAUUUGCACUAGUAGCUUCUGGCUUUUGUUUAUUGCAGCGGCUUGUGGUAUGGGUUCAGGACUCGCCACGGUGAAUAACAUUAGCCAGAUUGGAGCAUCUCUUGGUUACACAAGUUCCGAGACAAGUAGUAUGGUUUCUCUUUGGAGCAUUUGGAAUUUCGUUGGUCGUUUUGGAGCUGGUUAUCUAUCGGAAUCUUUCUUGCAUGUGAAUGGAUGGGCGAGGCCAUUGUUCAUGACCAUUACUCUGGUAACUAUGAGCAUUGGCCAUGCUGUCAUUGCUUCCGCAUUCCCGGGUGCUCUAUACGUUGGUUCUGUUCUAGUCGGUGUUUGUUAUGGUUCCCAGUGGUCGUUAAUGCCUACAAUCGCUUCUGAGAUAUUUGGGGUAGUGCAUAUGGGAACAAUUUUCAACACCAUUGCCAUUGCAAGUCCUAUUGGGUCUUAUAUUCUCUCUGUGAGGGUUAUCGGGUAUAUUUACGAUGUAGAAGCAUCGGUUGAGGGGGGUAACAGUUGCAGUGGAACUCAUUGCUUCAGGCUAUCCUUCCUUGUUAUGUCGUCUGCUGCUCUUUUGGGAUCUCUUGCUGCAUUAAUACUGUUCUUCCUCACAAAAGACUUCUACCAUCAGGCUAUACUCAGAAGGCUACUAAAUUCUGUUAGGAAGUGAAUUAGAUGCUUGAUCUUACUGUGUACUACUUACUGUAUAUAAAAAGUACUAGUUAAGUAAUCUUGUCACAUAUCUGUAUAUGGAAAAUUCAAAUAUUCGACGUUGGAUCGUCCAUUGGAGAUUUGAGAGAACAUUGAGUUGACUACACCACUCAAUUAUAGGUUGCAAAGGGAUUCUGGUUUGUUU